AUGUCAGAAACAGAACUGAGAUAUUCUCAGAUUGAGAAAGAGGCGCUUGCUCUGACAUGGGCAGCAGAGAAAUUUCAGGAAUACAUUACCGGAUUGGAUAUUGUUUUGGAAACUGACCAUAAGCCCUUGCUUCAGCUUCUACAGACUAAAAAUUUGGAUGAUUUGACUCCUAGACUACAAAGGUUUCGGAUCAGUCAAUCAAAUGGUCUUGCAGAAAAUGCAGUUAAAAUUGCUAAACAUUUAAUAAAAAAGAAUGAAGAUAACAUAGAUAAAGCCUUGCUCGAAUAUAGAUCCACACCCCUGGAAAAUGGAUUUAGUCCUGCCGAAUUGUUAAUGGGUAGGAAAUUGAGAACGUUCUUGCCAAUAUUGCCAAGGGAAUUAACUAAAAAAAAUAAUGAGACAGUAAUUUAUAAAGAAAAAGAAAUUAAAAAUAAUCAGCAGUAUUAUUAUGACAAAAGGCAUAGGACUAAACAGUUAUCUGAUUUGAAUAUUGGAGAUAAGAAGAAAAAAGACUACGUAAAUUUUGAGACAUUGGUUUCUGCCAGCUCUAAUAACAAUGAUGAGAUGUCUUUAGUUAAUCAAAGUAAUGAAAAUCAGAGUUCUCAUAAAUCGUUGGAAGAGCGGACAGAAACCCAAGGAAAUGAUAAUCAUGUUAAUAAUAGACCUUUAAGAGAAAGGAAAAAGCCUGUUUGGCUGGGUGAUUAUAUAACAGAGUAA